GUCAACAAGGACGAGCCUAUGAAUCCUGAUGAUGAUGAAGGGCAGAGGCUUGAGGCCCUUAUCAGAAGGUUCCUUCAGACCGUCCGUGCUCCAUUAGAAGUCGAAAACCUGAAGACAACCCUCGGGCAUAUUGCUGAUGCCCUCGAGGGUGUUGUCGGCCUCGGGAGUUUAUGGAGUGAUGCCAGAAUACAGUACAUCCUUGCAGGCCGCUCUCCCAGCGAUCUCAAUGACGUGCUCCCUUCCAUUAAGGACCAUUUGGACACUGUUGAAGGCAAUCGCGAUGACCUAGUGUCCCAAUGUAUCAACACUAUCACAAAGUGGUUGGGCCCUGAGUUCCCGAUACCACAGGUGUCUGCAUUAGCCUCUAGCAGUGACUAUCGGCUCAGGCUGCUUGCCGUGCAGUUAUAUAACACUCGAGAUAGCGAUGAACGCUCGGCUGCUAUUACUGCCCUUUGGCGAGGUGGCCUUUGUAGGGACUCCAAGUUGGCAGUUCGUGAGGAAGCCUUCAGGGCUGUUACUCACUUGAGGAUGUUGUUGUGA